GCCAUGCCAGCUGGGUGAGAAGCCCUCUUCUUUUUAGAGGACAUCUGGUGGGAAAAAAUCUUCAUUCCAAACUGAGCUUGCCAUCGUAUUGGGAAAUAAAUGAAUGCUUCUGUUUUGGUUUUUCCUCUGGCAGGCGGAGGUAAGGAAAUUAGAUUGGGGGGGAUAGUUUCGAGAGGCAAAAAGAUGAGGGAAAGGUUAAACAGGAAGGAACUUGAGACUAGAUUCAUUUAAAUACUCAUUGCUCCCACCCCAUCUGCUGCUACAACCAUUUCAAUUCCUGGAUAGCAUUACACAUAUGUCCCAUCCCAGGCCUCCAGCCACAGCAACCACACGAGUCAUUUCCCCUGGAACUGAGGCUGCAUACCUGGGCUCCCCACGGAGGGGGAUGAUGCAGGGAGGGGAAUCCCACCUGCUGUGAGUCACCUACCAGUAUAAAGGGCGGGUGUUACAAUGCAGGGACAUUAAAAAGGGACUCAGAGACAAGGAGAGAAAAAUAAGGGAAGCAGCUGAGAACCUCAGUGAACAGAGGAAGCCAAACCAGAGACGCACAGAACAGAGACAAUCAGGCUCUGAGCAAGAUUCCACAGGGACUGGUGCAAGGCACAGAACCAGCCGGAUUUGAGAAGCAGGCACCAAGAUGCUGGGGAGCAGAGCUGUGAUGCUGCUGGUGCUGCUGCUGCCACCCUGGACCACUCAGGGCCGCGCUGUGCCUGAAGGCAGCAGCCCUGCUUGGGCUCAGUGCCAGCAGCUCUCACAGCAGCUCUGCACACUGGCCUGGAGUGCACAUCCACCAAUGGGACAUGUGGAUCUACCAAGAGAAGCAGGAGAAAAGGGAGAUGACAAGACUACAAAUGAUGUCCCUCAUAUCCAGUGUGAGGACGGCUGUGAUCCCCAAGCACUCAGGGACAACAGUCAGUCCUGCUUGCAAAGGAUCCACCAGGGCCUGGUUUUUUAUGAGAAGCUGCUGGGUUCAGACAUUUUCACAGGGGAGCCUUCUCUACUCCCUGAUGGUCCUGUGAGCCAGCUUCAUGCCUCCCUACUGGGUCUCAGGCAACUUUUGCAGCCAGAGGGGCACCGCUGGGAGACCGAGCAGACCCCAAGCCCCAGUCCCAGCCAACCAUGGCAGCGCCUCCUUCUCCGCCCUAAGAUCCUUCGCAGCCUCCAGGCAUUUGUGGCUGUAGCUGCCCGGGUCUUUGCCCAUGGAGCAGCAACCCUGGGCCCCUAAAGCCAACAGCUUAAGGAUGGCAUCCAGAUCUUCAUGGCUAAGUAAUGCUAAGAUGAACCUAUUAGCUCAGGCACCUAUGAGCCAACAAGUGAAUCAGUCCAUUAAUUCUAAUGGGACCUGCAUGUAUUGAAAAAUUACAAUACUGGCAGACUUAUUAUGCUGACCUAGGACAUGUUGAGUAUUUAUUAUAUGGGAAGGGAAAAUUUGGGAUUAUUUAUUCUAUUGGUAGCAGUUUAAGGGGGAGUAUUAUUUAUUAUAUUUAUACUGAAUUAUGUACUUUUUUCAAUAAACUUAUUUAUGUGGAUAUCUGAGUCUAAUGUCUAGGUUUGGUUGGGAAGAAAGAAAACAAGUGAAAAAAUAGGGACGAGGGACUACAAUAUGCAACAUUCUUCAACUCUGCAGGGCUAUGGUGGAGAAUGUUUCCCUUCUGACCCCCUGGUGUAUAGAGUAACUGGGAUCUUUCUGGUCUUAAUGCCUGUAUGGCUAAGCAAGAUGGAAGAGAUUACAAGGGGAUGAAAUUAGAAAACAGGGCACCUCUCCUCUCUUGCUCCCUGACCCAGUGCCUCCUUCCCUGUUUUCAUGGCCAAGAGUGUAUUUGGCCAAAGACAGGAAUCCCGAUCUCUGCAGAUCAAAAGUCAGAGCUGCUUGAGCAGGAAGGAGAUUCCAGGAAGAUAAAGGUAAAUCCCCCAAACUAAUGGGAUUCUCCCUCAAUGAAUAUCUGUGGACCCCUUCAGAGGGAGUUUGAUUACCCAAAGGGAGCUAAACUACCUUUGAAAGAAAGAGCAUGAGAAGGGGCUAGUGAUUAUUUCUCUUCCUUUCCUCCUUCACAAAAUAAAAAAAAAGAGAUGGGCUUUGGAAUCAGACAGACCCAGGUUUAAAAUUUGGCUUCGGCACCAACCGUUAGCUGAGGAACAAUGGGGUAGUUACGUAACUACUCCACCCUACCCUCAUAUAUAGCUUACAUUCCCUUGGAAGAAUCUAAGGGUCAGGAAAGGCUGCUCUAAACAGGAAAGUAAGAAGAAACAUGACAAGAGGGGCAUACUGGGGUGGGUGGAAGACAGGCCAUGCUUUGCUGACCUUGAUCCUACACUGCCUGAUGGUGUCUUCAAGAACAUUAGUCUUUGUGAGCAAAGAAGUAAAGAAGUUCAAAGAGGAAACACUUCUAGGUCAGCACAAAGUUUAUUAGCCACUUCUGCUCAGACGGGUCUCUUUCUGAACAGUACUGUUCCUCUAACACAGAGAUUUUCAACUGGUACGCCACAAGAAUUUUUAAAACAUGCAAUACCUUAGACUGUCAAAUAAAAAAUGACAACAGCCAACACAAUAGCCAUCC